AUGGAUUCUGGCAACAGUGGAAGCAUCUCUUCUAGCGAUGAUGAAUACGAUUCAUCAUCACACGCUCAUCCAUCGUUCCUCAAUCAUUUUGGUUCCAUCUCCGACCCGCAACAACCAUCUCUUGUUCCUUCUCAUCCCUCAAUGUUUGAUCUUUCCUCAAACUAUCUCCACUCUCUCUCACAAUCCCACCCAAACCCCCAUAAUUCCUUCUUAAACUUAGACUCUCAAGGCCAAAGAUCUGAACCCAAUUGCACCCUCCAUGAAAGCCUCCCAUCUUCAUCAGCAAUACCAACAACAACAAAUCAAUACUUGUUGGGCCACGACAACGUUAAUAAUAAUGCAAGACAACAACUCCCAUCAUCCCCACAGACCAACAACCUCAUACGCAACUCGAAGAAACGAAGCAGAGCUUCAAGGCGUGCACCCACCACCGUUCUCACCACCGACACCAACAACUUCAGAUCCAUGGUUCAAGAGUUCACCGGAAUCCCUGCACCCCCUUUCUCACCUUCCUUCUCUCGCCGCAUCCCUCUUCGCCCAAACCCUUUGCUUUCAACAACUUCAUCAAGGACUUUGUUACAUAACAACAGCAUCUAUGUUUCUCCUAAUAAUAACUCCCUUAAUUACCAACUACUUCCCGAUCUAUCUUUACCCUAUCAGCCCCCACCACAGAAUCUCAUGCAAAAUAUUCACCCUAUUCCCUCAUUCCACCCCUCUUCUUCUCUUCAUACUCUUGUCCCUACAGGGUUUGGUGCAAAGUCUUUAUCCACCAUGCCCACGCUUGAUGCGCAUGAUCUGGUGGGUGCACAUGUACAAGGUCAUCAUGAGCAUGUGGUUUCUGAGGGCAUGUUUCUGAGGAGUGACGGCGGUGGAACUGGAGGAGGGAGAAGAGAUCCGUUUAGGUGCUUAGAUAAUGAGAAUAAUAAUAAUUAUGGCGGUUGCAAGCUCAACAUCUCGGUUUCUGCAUCGAGCAACUUGAACCAUGAGAAGAACUUGGAAAAUGGAAAUUCCCCUAGGGAAGGAGCUGUCGAAGCGUGGAUUUGUUCUUCUGAUCAAUAG